GUUGAACCACAGAGAUGCUCGGAGAGAGCGUCCCCGGCGCCCUUUUCGGUGUGCACACUGCAGAAAGAGGGGGCCGUCGGUGUUUCCUUCCUGCCGCCUUUUGCAGCCGCCGGUAAUGGCCAUGUUCCCCGCGGCCGGACUCGGUACCGCUCUCCGACUGUUACUGCGGCAUCAUCGAUCACAAGCUUGUGCUAUCCGGAUGCUGAAGACUACAUGUUCAAAGUGUAGUGAAGUUUUAGCAAGUCCGCGUAUGGAUGAUGCCCCAAAAGAAUAUUCACCUAAGAUUCAGCAGCUAGUUCAGGAUAUUGCUAACCUGACUCUCCUGGAGAUCUCUGACCUCAAUGAGUUGCUAAAGAAAACUCUCAAGAUCCAAGAUAUUGGACUUAUGCCAAUGGCCGGGAUGAUGCCAGCAACACAGUUGGCAGCACCGGCAGAAGAAGAAGAAAUGGUUGAAAAAGUAGAAAAGGUCAAUUUUACAGUGCGCUUGACUGGGUUUAAAGCUGAAGACAAGGUGAAAGUUAUCAAGGAACUAAAGAACCAUGUGGAGAACAUAAACCUUGUCCAGGCCAAGAAGUUGGUAGAAUCUCUUCCUCAAGAUAUCAAAGUAAAUGUUCGUAAAGAAGAAGCAGAAAAGGUUAAAUCGGCUCUAGAGGCAGUUGGAGGCACUGUAGUUGUGGAUUAAAGAAUCUGCCUACCUGUCAAAGGACUUAAAGCAGAGCCGGGGAAGGACCCUGUGACUUGUGUUAGCCACUCCUGCUGACUGGUGGUGGAGUACUGUGCGGUUCCAGGAAAGUUGCUCUGCCCCAUUUUUUUCUGCUCUGCAGUUUCCCUUGGGCAUAGCUCAGUGUGUAUCAAGUUAUUUGGCACACCUUGCAGUCUGCUACAUGGUUAAAAACCUGUAUUCAUAACGAAUAUAUGUGAUGGAUAACACCUGUAAAACAUGUGUGAU